AUGGACAACAAUACAGUAGAUAAGGAGUAUUAUGAGAUACUGAAUGUUCCAGUGGAUGCAGAUUUUACAGCUAUAAAAAGAUCAUACCGUCGUUUGGCAAUUCAAAUUCAUCCUGAUAAAAACCCAGACAACCCAGAGGAAGCACGAGAGAAUUUUCAGAAGCUGGGAGAAGCAUACCAAGUCCUAAGCGAUCCUGAGUUACGAAAAAGAUAUGACCUUUAUGGUAAAGAAGGUGCUGUACCUGAGGCGGGUUUUGCAGAUGCAUUUGAAUUUUUCAGACAACUCUUUGGAGGUGAAUCCUUCAAAGAUUACAUUGGCGAGCUAAACCUGCUAAAAGAACUAUGCAAAUCAAUGCAAGAAUCUUCUUCUGAAUAUAAAGCUGUUGAAGAUACGGAUGAAUCGAAGAAAAAGCUGCAACAGGAAGAAUCGCUACAACAGGAUAUAUUAUUACAGGAACGAAUCGAUACCCUUUGUCAUAAUUUGGUUGGUAAAUUGUCUAUUUGGACAGAAACCGACAUGUCCGAGCCAGUUACCAAUGCUUUCAAAGAAAAGAUGCGCUUGGAGGCUGAAGUUUUGAAAGAAGAAUCAUUUGGGGAAGAAAUACUGAAUGCUAUAGGAUCUACGUACUUUCAAAGAGCGAACAUUUUCCUUGAAAGCCAAUCAUUUUUUGGAAUCAAGGGUCUUUGGAGUAGCUUGCGAGCAAAAGGCUCGCUUUUGAAGGAUACUUGGAGUACAGUUGUCAGUGCAGUGGAAGUUCAAACAAAAGCAGAAGCUCUCGCAAAAGCAGAAGAAGAAGGAAGCAAUUGGACUAAAGAAAAAAGAGAAGAAGCCACUCGUGAAUUAACUGGUAAAGUGUUAUCAGCAACUUGGAAAGGAACUCGUUUUGAAGUUCAAAACGUUAUUCGGAAUGUUAGCGAUAAAAUUCUUUUCGAUAAAAAUGUUCCGCAAGAAAAACUUAUACAGCGCGCCCAUGCUUUACUCAUGGUAGGAGAAGUGUUCCUUUCCGUUGCUCCCAAACGAGAACGUAAUGAUAAUUAUUUCGAAGAACUAUUAAAUCAACAAGCUCCCUCACAGGAGUAG